ACCUUGAACCUUGUAGAUGAUGCAGCCCCAACGUCAGCAUUAGAAGAGAGCGCCAUCAGUCACAAAUGCUGCAUCCUCAUUGGUUAAUUUACAGUGGAGGGGCGAUGCUGAAUCAACGAGGUAAAGGCGCGCGUUAGUUAACGUUUGGAGCUGCAGGCAGACGGAAUGGAGGGAAAAACAGCUGCAUUACUCAAAAGAAGUAUGAGUGCAGAAGGAACUACAAAACUGCCCAAAAGAGCUCGAAACCCUCCGAAAAAGAUGAGUUUGUAUGAACCAGACCUCAGCUCCCCCAGAGAUAACCAAGAUGGAGUUUUUGUAUUUUUGACCUUUGAAGAUGGAUACACAGCAAAGAUUUUUAAUCUCUGUGAUAUACUGAACAAAGAUGAUAAACCCAUCGCUUGCUUUAGAGAUCUGACACCAGGAGAAAAAGUACUUGCAAGAUGGUCUGACAAUAAGUUCUACAAAGCUACAGUAGACUUCCUUGGAACAGCUGACAAAAUGGUGGAUACCAAGAAGGCGACAAAGAAGGACAUGAAAAAAAGAGAUGCAGCUGCACAAAGAUUCUACAACCUUCCAUUCCUACCUCAGGCAGGCCAGUCCACCUCUGCACAGGAUCACCCAAAUACUGUGGACCAAAAUGUCAUUCAGCCUCCAACAACCUGGCCAGUGUACCAGCCUCCACCUACAGAGUCAUUUCUACCUGUCCAGCCACAGCACCAGCAUGCAACUGCCUGGCCACAGUACCAACUUCCAGUUUCCCAGUCAUCACCAAAUAUGCCACAACAUUACCAGCAUUCACCAGUCCAGGCGCUCAACCAGUAUGGAACUACUCUGUCUCCAAUUCCACACAAUUCCAGCCUUUCGCAGUAUUCAAAGCAUCACCAGCCUCACACAGCACUACCCACACCUUCAGACCAAACACAACAGCAGCCUGUUUUGGCAGAUUUGGAUCAGCAAAGACAGCCACCAGCUCCUACAGCCAAAGAAAGCUUCCUCAAAAUGUUGCACAGUCCUAUUACACAUCAAAAACCUGCUGUUCUUGGGGACCAGAGCCAGACAAGCACCUCUGAACAUGAGACUUUAAGCUCAUCUGCAGAUACGUUAAUCAUUGAGCGUGAUCCAAUUCCAGAAUAUGGAGAACCAUGUUUCAUUUCGGCUGAGUCAGCAGAAGACAGAUCAUGGAAGCCAUGCGAAGCAUGCAAGACAGAGGUGGAAAAAUUAGUGGAGGAAAAGGCCAAACUGCAUGAUGUGCUGUGUGGUAUAAGUGGUGAGCACCUCGAGGCAUUCAGAAGUUUUCUGGACAAAGUGGAACAGAUCCAACCUCAGGCUGGUGUUUGGGCUCCAAAAGGCAGAUCUCGGCAGCAGGAGCUAUAUCCAGGAAGUGGCCUCUUCUUGUCCUCGACUCACCUGGCUGCAAUCCAUGCAACCGCAAAGAAGGACUGCCUUCGCUUGUUCCAUCUUCUUUUUGAUGAAUUCUUCACUGCAGAGGAGUGCCAGAACGCUGUGGCAUUUGGGAAACAUGGAAAGGUGCCAGAUGGGAAGAGAGUCCUGGAUAAGUUCAAAGUCAAUGCGAUUCUAACUUACGUCAUGCGCUGUAGUACACUGGAUGGUUGGACACCGGUUGAGAAAAGUAAGGUCAAAAAAGCCUUCAUAAACAAAUGCCGCAUCAGGGCCACAACACUGUAAGACACAGUGUAAACACAGGGCACACAGAGACAUUUGUUGAAAUGACAAUGUUCACAAAAAGUCCUUGUUUUCAAAUGAUGUAUGUUGGCGUCAGAGACUCAAGUUUAUUGUUGUAAACCUGGCCUGCCACUAAUAUUGUUGAAAUUGUUACCGUUUUUAAAACAGAAUUUUACAAAAAAAGCACUUUAGUUCAUAUUUUGUAAUGACCAUGUUUAAGCAGUUUUUGCCGCAUCAGGGCCACAACACUGUAAGACACAGUGUAAACACAGGGCACACAGAGACAUUUGUUGAAAUGACAAUGUUCACAAAAAGUCCUUGUUUUAAAAUGAUGUAUGUUGGUGUCAGAGACUCAAGUUUAUUGUUGUGAAUUGUUGUAAACCUGCCCUGCCAUUAAUAUUGUUAAAAUUGUUACUGUUUUAAAAACAGAAUUUUACAAAAAAGCACUUUAUUUCAUAUUUUGUAAGUACCAUGUUUAAACAGUUUUUGCUGUCUUUAAAAUGUCUUUAAAUUUGUUAAUGUUAUUUUGAUUUAAAUAAAGAUUCAAAUUCAAAUUUCUUUAUUUCUUUAUUACAUCAGAUAAUCUGCCAUUUGCUAUAGAUUUUUAAAGCCUGAUGGUUGUGGAUGGAUCUUCUGUCUGUCCUGCAGUGAAGAGAGAGUAGCAUUCCCGUCUGUUGUUUCUUUGGUCCAUCAAAGUGGAUGAUCUGUGUUGUUUAGAAUGGUGAAUCUAGUCUGGUAGGUCAUAUGAUUCAUGUGCGUGCGUGUGUGUUUGUGUGCAUGAGAGGGAGAGGGAGCAUGAGACUCGGAUAUUGCUCCAUAGUAGCUCCAGUAUUGCUCAUUUUCUUUUUCAAAGGAGAAAUAAAGGAGUCAUUAAAAACACAGAAUUGAGAUUAGCAAGGCAUCUCCUUUUAUUCUCAGGUAUAACUCCCUCUGAUUAUUCUGUCUCACCUAUUGCUCCUAGUGAAUUUUAGGAGAAAUAUAUGAGAAACAUUUUAGACAAAAUAGAGAUUAAAAUAAGGCUUAAAUGAGAAUCUCAAAUUUGUUUCCUGAGCUAUAGAAAAGCAAGCUUUGAGCAGUAAAAUUUUCC